AUGGUGUUCUUCUCGUGUAACAAUUGCGGUGAGGCGUGCAAAAAGAAUCAGGUCGAACGUCAUCUGUUCCAAUGCAGAAACACAACAUUCAGUUGCAUCGAUUGCCAGCUUGUCUAUACCCGCGACACGUACAAAGACCACGUGAAAUGUAUCACUGAAAAUCAGAAGUACGGUGGCAAGAACUACGUGGAAAAGGAGAAUAAAGGAGAGGCGAAACAGAAUGCGUGGGUUGAUCAAGUGAACAGAGCCAUCGAGUUCGUCACCGAUUCACAAGUGAAAGAGCUGCUGAAAAGUGUGGCCGGAUUCGCGAAUAUUCCGAGAAAAGAGGCGAAAUUCAUCAAUUUCCUCAUCAACUCGUGCCGUCUACGCGAUAAGAAUUUGGCGUUGCGCGCGUGGCAAGCGAUUGCAGCAGAGGCUGAAAAGAUGAGAGAGGAGGCGAUUCGGAAGCAGGAGGAGAUGCAGAAACUGGAGAAGGCCCAAAAAGAAGCCGCCGCCGCAGCGAAGAAAGACGCCGCUGAGAAGACUGGUGCCACGUCGUCAUCUGCUCCAGAAGACGCAGAUUCAGAAUCCACGCCAUCAUCGUUCAAAUGGAAGAAAGUAAUCAAGAGAAAACUGAAAGAAAACGGUGGAGAGAUGAAAAUCAAGAAGCUUCGGAAGGCCGUCUGCGAGGAGUAUUCGACAAAGAACGGCGGUGAUUCAGAUGACGUGGAGUCGCUAUUCGAUGAAAAACUUCAAAAAUGUGGAGUCAGUGUGGAGGGAAAGAAGGUGUCGCUGGUUGCUUAA